AGACAAAGAGCAUCUACACAAACAGCCACCCGAACUACUGUCCUACAAAGACAAACAGCAUCUACACAAACAGCCACCUGAACUACUGUCCUACACAAUGUAGUUGUGUUGUCAUGUUGUAUUGUAGUAACACUCAACUGUAUUUAAUGGUGUUAUGUAGUUGUGUUGUCAUGUUGUAUUGUAGUAGCCCUCAACUGUAUUUAAUGGCGUUAUGUAGUUGUGUUGUCAUGUUGUGAAAGUUGAAUUGUAGUAGCCUAACCCCAAAUACUUUUUUCUGGUGAUGGAGAGAGACACAGACAAGACACAGACACAGCAACAGAAUAGGAUAUGAUGGAGAGAGACACCAGACAAGACACAGAGAUAGCAACAGACGACUCAGAGAAAGUGAUGGAGAGAGACAGAAGAAUAGAGUUCCAGACAGUUGUAGAAUGUAUGCCAAGACACAUUGUAAGUGCUGUUAAGAGAGAGGGAGAGAGAGAGAACAGGCAGAACCUGAUAUGUAAAUGAGCAGAGCAAAUGAAAGUAACUUUUGACGACCAAAUGAUCAUUCAGACUCUGUUUCUAUUGAGAGAGGAAAGGGGUCAGUGCUCUAAAAUGAGUCUCUCUGGGGAGAGAGAGGAGGGGGGCCCUGCCUCUAAAAUUAGUCUCUCUGGGGAGAGAGAGGAGGGGGUCCCUGCCUCUAAAAGGCGUCUCUCUGGGGAACAUCACACCAAAGCUAACAGUCCAAUCCAGCAGGAGAGACCAGCCUCCCCUGUACCCAGCUGUGUGUCCAUGAAGAGCGACAAGUCUAUGGAACCUCCUAUACGGUUUAGAGAGGGAGACUUUUCUACUGAACAAAGAAACCAACAGGAGAGAUCAGAGUCAGAGAUUCUCAGUGGUCAGUCUUCCCAGAGUCAUCAAACAGACCUGGCCUCCAUAUUCAGUUUGCUUGAAGAGAAAAUUAUGAUAUUUGUGAAGAACGAGCUGAAGAUGUUCAAGAGGAUUCUUAGUCCAGAACUCCCAGAAGGCUUUGAGAGUCAGAAGCAGGAUAAGGAAGUUGUGGACCCUGAAGAUGAGCAGCAGGAGAGCAGUGCCAGAGAGGGGGCUCUGAAGAUCACACUGCACAUCCUGAGGAAAAUGAACCAGAAGGAGCUUGCUGACACACUGGAGAAAUAUUCAGAUGAGCUUGCUGUGAUUUGCCAACGUGAACUCAAAUCUAAUCUAAAGAAGAAGUUUCAAUGUGUAUUUGAGGGGAUCGCUAAACAAGGAAACCCAACACUCCUCAAUAAGAUCUACACAGAGCUCUACAUCACAGAGGGUGGAACAGGAGAGGUCAAUAAUGAACAUGAGCUGAGACAGAUUGAGACCACAACCAGGAAACAAGCAAGACCAGAGACUGCAAUCAAAUGUAACGACAUCUUCAAACCCUUAACUGGACAAGACAAACUUAUCAGAACUGUGCUGACAAAGGGAGUCGCUGGCAUUGGAAAAACAGUCUCUGUGCAGAAGUUCAUUCUGGACUGGGCUGAAGGAAAAGCAAAUCAGGAUGUCCAAUUUGUAUUUUCAUUCCCUUUUCGGGAGCUGAAUUUGAUGAAAGAGGACAAACACACUUUGAUUGAACUUCUUAAUCACUUCUCAAUGGAAGCCAAACAAUCAAGAAUCUCCAACUACGACAAAUACAAAGUUCUGUUCAUCUUUGAUGGUCUGGAUGAGUGCCGACUGCCCCUAGACUUCCAGAAGAACAAGAUAUGUUGUGACGUCACAGAGUCAACCUCAGUGGAUGUUCUGCUGACAAAUCUCAUCAAGGGAAAUCUGCUUCCCUCUGCUCUCCUCUGGAUAACUACCCGACCUGCAGCAGCCAAUAAGAUCCCUUCAGGGUGUGUUGACCAGGUGACAGAGGUACGAGGGUUCAAUGACCCACAGAAGGAGGAGUACUUCAGGAAGAGAUUCAGCGAUGAGGACCUGGCCAUCAGAAUCAUCUCACACAUAAAGACAUCAAGGAGCCUCCACCUCAUGUGUCACAUUCCAGUCUUCUGUUGGAUUUCUGCAAUAGUCCUUGAACACAUUCUGAAACAGAAGAGAGAAGAGAUGCCCAAGACUCUGACUGAGAUGUACACACACCUUGUGGUGUUUCAUACCAAACAGAAGAAUGAAAAGUAUCUUGGGAAAGAAGAGACAGGUCCACACUGGAAUAAAGAGAGCAUUCUGUCACUGGGAAAACUGGCUUUUCAACAGCUUGUGAAUGGCAAUCUGAUUUUCUAUGAAGAAGACCUGAAAGAGGCUGGCAUUGAUGUCAAUGAAGCCUCAGUGUACUCAGGAUUGUGCACACAGCUCUUUAAAGAGGAAUGUGGGCUGUACCAGGACAAGGUGUACUGCUUCGUGCAUCUGAGCAUUCAGGAGUUUCUGGCUGCUGUAUAUGUGUUCCUCUCAUUCAUCAACAACAAUGAGAAUCUAAUGGACAAACUGCAUUCAACGUCCCUUUCUGUGAAGAAAAGACGCAAAUGUAAAGUUACUGUCUACAAGAGUGCUGUGGAUAAAGCCUUACAAAGUGAGACGGGAAACCUGGACCUUUUCCUUCGCUUCCUUCUGGGCCUCUCACUGGAGUCCAAUCAGAAGUACUUACGAGGUCUACUGACAACGACAAGAAGCAGCUCACAGAGCCAUGAAGAAACAGUCAAGUACAUCAAGGAGAAGAUCAGGGAGGAUCUCUCUCCAGAGAGGAGCAUCAAUCUGUUCCACUGUCUGAAUGAGCUGAAUGACCAUUCUCUAGUGGAGGAGAUCCAAAGCUACCUGAGCUCAGGAAGUCUCUCAGAAGCCAACCUGUCACCUGCACAGUGGUCAGCUCUGGUCUUUGUGUUGCUGACUUCAGAAAAGGAGCUGGAUGUGUUUGACCUGAAGAAAUACUCCAGAUCAGAGGAAGGUCUUCUGAGGCUGCUGCCAGUGGUCAAAGCCUCCAGAGCUGCUCUGCUGUCAGGCUGUGGAGUCACAGAGGAAGGCUGUGCUUCUCUGGUCUCAGCUCUGAGGUCAAACCCCUCACACCUGAGAGAGCUGGAUCUGAGUAACAAUGACCUGAAGGAUUCAGGAGUGAAGCUGCUCUCUGCUGGACUGGGGAAUCCCCACUGUAAACUGGAGACUCUGAGGCUGUCACGCUGUCUAGUCACAGAGGAAGGCUGUGCUUCUCUGGUCUCAGCUCUGGAGUCAAACCCCUCACACCUGAGAGAGCUGGACCUGAGCUACAAUCACCCAGGAGACUCAGGAGUCAGACUGUUCUCUGCUAGACUGGAGGAUCCACACUGCAGACUGGAGAAACUCAAUGUGGAACAUGGUGGAGAGUACAAUAUGAAACCUGGGCUUAGAAAAUAUGUCUGUGAUCUCACACUGGACCCAAACACAGCAUACCGACUCCUCUCUCUGUCUGAGGAGAACAGAAAAGUGACACUGAGGUCAGAGGAGCAGCCGUAUCCUGAUCACCCAGAGAGAUUUGAGAACUAUGAACAGGUGCUGUGUAGAGAGGGUCUGACUGGGCGCUGUUACUGGGAGGUAGAGUGGAGUGGGCGAAGGGUUGAUAUAGGAAUGACGUAUAAAGGAAUCAGCAGGAAAGGAAGGGCUAAUGACUUUUGUCUUGGAUACAAUGACACGUCCUGGACUCUUUUCUGCUAUGACAACAGUUACAUUGCCUGUCACAAUAAUAAUCCCAUUGCCAUAGACGUCUGCCCCUCCAGCUUCCACAGAGUAGGAGUGUAUCUGGACUGGCCAGCCGGCACUUUGUCCUUCUACAGAGUCUCCUCUGACACACUGACCCACCUGUACACAUUCACCUCCACAUUCACUGAGCCCCUCUAUCCAGGGUUUAGGGUUUGGUAUGAAGACUCCUCAGUGUCCCUGUGUCAAACACAACAUGAUGUUUCACUCUAAUCAAGGUCAUGUUUAGUAAGACACACUGGAGCAGCAAUGUAGAAUAUCUCUCUAGUGUGUAAACCUCUCUCCAGGGUGUUUGGUAUGAAUAUCUCUCUAGUGUGUAAACCUCUCUAUCCAGGGUGUUUGGUAUGAAUAUCUCUCUAGUGUGUAAACCUCUCUAUCCAGGGUGUUUGGUAUGAAUAUCUCUCUAGUGUGUAAACCUCUCUAUCCAGGGUGUUUGGUAUGAAAAAAUGUGUAGUAGCAUUACUUUAAGGUUAAUAUAAAUGAUAGGUGUGUACAAUCGUGUUACUCUGGUUGUGUAAAUUGCUGUUUUCACAUAACUCUGUAACUAAUUCACAUCUUGUCUGUUCCGAACAAAGUCUCUCCUCAUCCUCUAUUCUAAGAACCAACUGUUCUUGGUUCUCGUAGGAGAACACAGAGGAUUCUGACUAGUUGGCCACCUCAUCCACUAGAUAUGUGUUGGUUCGACACAUUGAGUCAGUUGUGGUGGAACCAGCCAUGACUAAGCAUUUAUAGGUUUACUAUAUGAGACCUCUGUUGGUUUCUGUAUGUCAGAGCUCUUGGCCCAACACCCAAGAGUGUGGGGUCGACCAGCCUCAUUAUUGCAGGGCUCUCAACGAAUCACUUAUGGGUGCAGUGAUUCAGGGCAGGUGGAGCUGUUAUGAGCCCCAAAUCUUUACCAACAUAAAUCAAAUCCCACCCAAAAAUGGUGGCUUGCUUGUUUUGCAUGUUAUUUUGGCAUUAAUAUGUGACACAUAUCAGUUUGCAAACAAUGUAAAAUUGUAUAAUAUAUAUAUCAUUGAAUUAAUAAAGCUCUAUAGAAACAUG